GAAGGAACGGAAUCCAUCCAAACGAUUUCUUGCGAUCAAUCCACUCAAGUAUGUUCAGUCAGCGUACCAGCUCCCGGCGCUGCCUUGGUCUUCCUCACAAACGAGUUGUCCGAGAUGGAGGGUGCUCCUUUGACAAUGUUUGCAACAACAACUGCGACGAAUGCAGGAAACACGGCUACUGUUGAUGCUUCAGUUUUGGCGACAUCUAAUGGGAAUAAUGGGAAAUCACCGCUGGGUAGUUCAAGUAAAGGGAGCACGAAUGGCAGUGUCGUAUUUAGAGAAUCUGUAGCGGGUUUACUUCUUAGAGCGGGAUCAAUCUUGAGAGUGGUGUUUGUAUUAUAA